UCACUUCUUCCAUUCCCAUCAUAAAACCAACGGCGCCCUUCCUCCUCCUUUUUUCCCUUACUCACAGAUAAAUCAAAAUUGAACCACACACCAACCAAAAUCAAAUGGCCAUUCACGAGUCUCCGAUUCCCUCAUUCGCCGUCCUUUACUCCUCCCUCGCCCUCAUUAUUCUCCUCCUCGCUCCACUCUCCAAUGCCAGAGACCUCCGUCCCUCAGAGCACGGCUUGGACUACCAAAACCCUGACGCUAUCCAGAAUUCCUCUCCUCAGAUGCAAUCCUUCUUCAAAGGAAACUCCUGGUCCAACUCCGAUGUCGCUCUUCCCAAGGCCAUGAACACUUCCCUCCCCCCACAGUGGUGGAACCGUAGCCACCGCAACCGCUCUGGAGCCUCCGCUGCCGGUGGAGAUCACAUUCGCGGCGCAUUGCUUGUGGCCAGUUUGGAAGCAGAGUAGAUCGUCGUCGUCGUCGUCGUCGUCUUCGCUCUCUGCCUCUGAAACUACUAACAUUAUUGCUAACAAGUGAGUGUGAUGAGGAAUUUGCAUGUACAUAGACGACUCUGAGAUGAGAUCUGGUGGUUGUUCCGCCCCUGACGAUCUUAUUUUGUACGUUUUGCUUCUUCUUUGAUUGAAUUUUUUCCUCUUGAGAGUUGAAUGUGUUGAUUUUGGAUAUUAGAUCUUCUUAAUUCAGACAUUCUAUAUCAGAUUAAUUAUUUUGGGAAUUUCAGAUUCGUAUUAUAGAGUUCCAUUUUGUUGUUCAA